UACUCGCCUAUCAAAAGUGUUGGUCAGUUUUUGUGUGGUCAUCAAACAGUUCUUACGGCUGGUUAUAAUUUUGUUCAAUUUGUUUCAAUUAAUUCUUUGUUCAAAAUGUUUGCCAGAUAUUCGUCGAACUUGGCUCGGGCCAUUCAUCUUCGUCGAUUCCAAAGUACGCUUGUGUUGGCCGAACACAACAACGAGACUUUGAACCCGAUUACGUCGAACGCCGUCACCGCGGCCAAGAAGCUGGGAGGCGAUGUAACCGUCCUUGUUGCCGGCACCAAGGUUGGUCCGAUAGCGGAAGCUGCUGCCAAGUUGGAUGGCGUGGCAAAGGUUCUGGUAGCCGAAGGGGAUGCAUUCAACGGAUUGCUGGCGGAGGCGGUUACACCUUUGGUGCUGGCCACCCAAAAUCAGUUCAAAUUUACGCACAUUGUCGCGGGAGCAUCCGCGUUCGGCAAAGCGGUACUGCCACGGAUCGCUGCCAAGUUGGACGUUUCUCCGAUUUCGGAGAUCAUCGAAGUCAAGUCGGCAGAUACGUUCGUGCGGACGAUCUAUGCUGGCAACGCCAUCCAGACCAUCAAAUCGAAAGAUCCUGUCAAAGUAAUCACCGUCCGUGGUACGAAUUUCGAUGCUGCCGGCUCAUCGGGAAGCGGUGUCGUGGAGAAAGCACCUGCAGGAGAUUUCAAGUCCAGUCUGACGGAAUUUGUAAGCCAAGAGCUGACAAAAUCGGAUAGGCCAUCGCUGACCGCCGCAAAAAUAGUCAUUUCCGGUGGCCGUGGAAUGAAGUCGGGUGACAACUUUAAAAUGCUGUACGACUUGGCGGAUAAAUGGGGUGCAGCUGUAGGUGCAUCUCGUGCUGCCGUGGACGCCGGUUUUGUGCCGAAUGACUUGCAAAUCGGACAGACUGGAAAGAUCGUUGCUCCGGAGCUUUACGUUGCGGUCGGCAUCUCUGGAGCCAUACAGCAUUUGGCCGGUAUGAAGGAUUCAAAAACGAUCGUCGCCAUCAAUAAGGACCCGGAGGCACCGAUCUUUCAAGUAGCUGACUAUGGCUUGGUGGCCGAUCUAUUCAAAGCAAUUCCGGAAAUAGACGGAAAAUGUUGAUCGACGGUGAAUAAUACAUUUGUUGUAAGAUAAAUCAUCUAACGUUUUAAGGGUGGUCAAUAUCCUAUCGCCUACAAUGAAGUUGUUGAAAACAAUUGCAUUUCUUCAGUUAGUUAAAUAAAAGUGAGAUUUUGGUAUGGCUAAUUUUCUAUGAA